AUGCCGUUUGAAUUUAAAAAGAAAAAUAAGCGACGCGAAAUCCCUAAAGAAAUAAUAUUACGUGCCAUAGAAGAAAUUACAAAGGGAGCAAAAAUUAAAGCGACUGCAAAUAAAUACGACAUACCUAGAUCAAAUCUCCAAAGAUAUUUAAAACAAGGCACUGUAAAAGAUGUUUCUUCUAAAUUCAUAUCUUGCCAAAUAUUCGCUGAAGAUGAAGAAGCAAAACUGUCAGAGUACCUCAUAACAUCUUCUAAAUUGAAUUAUGGACUUUCAAAAGUGCAAACGCGUCAGUUGGCUUAUGACUAUGCAUGUGCAAUAAAUAAAAAAAUACCAGAACAUUGGACUAAAAAUAAAAAAGCAUCAAAAGAUUGA